AGCUGUUUGAUGUUUGGGUUGAGGGAGGCAUGCGGAGCAGCGACGCUGAUUGGAAGCUGUUUCGCACUCUUGUUUUCCGAACGUUUUGCUGUCUUCAACAAAGGCGUGGUGAAACCUGUCUGUGAUUGUAAACCCCAGCACUUAUUUCCAAAGUGUAUGCAUUAAAUCAUUCGUGUCCCUCCUUCCCUGUAGUUUUUUUUUAAAAUUGCUGUGUUUCACUCAAAUUGACUUAUUGAUGAAAUCCCUUGUUAGUGGAGUAUACCAUUUGCGGCUGUUAUCGUGAGCUUUUUCUUUGGGGUGGGGUUAUUUGACAGCAACAUGGCGGAGAGCUGUGCGUGGUUGUUAGUGCUUGGCUCAGUUUUAUUAUGUAGUCUGUUCAAGAUGUUGUUGCCGACCCUUUCCUCACUUGUAGCCAGACUUCUGCAAAAAGAUGGAGAGACUGAGCUCCAAAUGAGAUAUGAAAUUGGAAACAUGAAGCAGGAGUUGGCAACAAUCAGUAUGAUGGAUGAGUUUGCCAGAUACGCAAGGCUGGAGCGCAAGAUAAAUAAAAUGACUGAUAAACUGAAAACUCAUGUCAAAACAAGAACGGCACAGUUAGCAAAGAUCAAGUGGGUGGUGAAUAUUGUUUUUUAUAUUGUACAGGCAGUUUUAAUGAUUUCCCUAAUAUUGAAAUAUUAUUCAGAACCCGUAGCUGUGCUUCCACGAAAAUGGAUGACACCAUUGGAGAGGAUGGUAGCUUUCCCAACUGGUGUAGAAGGUGGGGUUGGAAUCACUUGCUGGCUGUUGGUCUGCAAUAAAGUUGUGGCUGUAGCAUUACAGCCAUUCACCUGAACUGUGAUGCUGGGAAUUCAGAACCUGUAUUUCUUAUUAUUUUGCUAGCUUCCCUUCUGGAAUCAAAUAUUCGUUUAAAAAAAGGAUUGUUGUGGUUUCUAAAUUGUUUGUCAAGUUUUUUUUUAAACUGCUUUGAUUUAAAUGGAGAAGGUGAAUGAAUGAACGAUUGUCCAGCCAAACUUUGUCAAACAUAUCAAUUUUUUUGGCGGGGGGAGUGAUACAAUAGGAUUGACGGUUUUGAAGAAUUAUUUCAAAUUAGAAAAAGGUAUUUAGGGUUAGUUAUAAAUGAUCGCACAUGUUUUAAUACCUGGAAAAACAAUAAUCGUAAGUUAUGAUGCCAAACUGUGAUUUUCUGCUGUUGAGUUUUAUCGGUUUUGCACAAGUGUUGCUGUCUACGUGUUGCAAAUUUAUUUAUUGGAUCAUUGUUUUGCAUCUCAUGGCAAUUUGUUUCAAAUAAUUCUUUACAUUUGCAGUCUUAAAAAAUAGUGCUGACAGAAGCUAAGUAAUUGAAAGAAAAUAAAGAUAGAAACUGCUAGAAAAACUGUACAGAUCAGGCAGUGUCUCUGUUUCAGGUCAGGAUUUACUUUUUUUAAAUAAAACAUGAAUGGAGCCUAUAUGGAAAGAUAAAUCUGUAACAUUAGCAAAACACAGUGUGGGCAGUAGAGAGUUAGGGGAAGAGUUCACACUAUGGCAUUAAGGCUAAAAUUCCACAUGUCCAGUAAUGGUAAUAAAAUGUGAGGCUGGAUGAA